AAACGGAAUUCUGUGUCUAAUGUCGGGUGCAGGAUUGAUGACGAUAGUUAUCAUAUCGUAUCAGCCGAAUGAUAAGUACCCCGCGAUGGAACUGGUCUCGAAAGAACCUGUGGUCGUUGACUUUAAUGACAUUAAUAUAUUGAAGCAUGUCAUCCAGAAGUAUGGAAUUCUUCCUUUGGUUUCCUUUUUCAUCAUCCUUACCAUCCAAUUGGCUUUACAUUUCGUUGCUGGUGGUGUUCUAAUGAGGGCUGGAAAUCAGAAAAACGUCAAUUUGUGCGUAUUCUGGAUGCUGUAUCACCUCACUCUCUUCAUCUGGGAAAUUACUGCAUGGUUGGUCAUGUUCGCUCUGAAACAGCCAAACCUAAUGUUUCUUUACGAACCGAAAACCCUGAUUCCAUUCCUGCUCGAGAACUUGUACGAGUUUUGGGUCGUGGAAGCCUUCAUCAAACAAAUUGAAAGAGAACGAAGAAAUGCGAGCCAAAAUGCAGUAGUUAUGGUUGAGAUGGGCGACAACUUACAAUUAGUUUAAAAACAUAUGUAAUUACCAGGUUGGUAUUGUGGCCUGAGUACAUACAUACAUAAAAAAAAUUUAAAACUGUAAAAACCAAGGUGUUCUGGUCAGGGUUUUAUUGGGUUUGGUUUUAUGGGUUUUAAUCGGCUGUAAAUGACUAAAAUCCAUUGGGUUUUACUAUGUUAACAUGGAUUUUAUUUGGGUUUAUUGUGUUUUAACUGGGUUUUACAUAUUGGAGCCCCUAGGUUGUUAUUUUUUGAUUACCUAAUCUGGAUUGUACAGCACAUUUCGUAACGGGCGUAGUUGUAAAGUGGAAAGAAAUGUGUUAUAAUCACUGGAAAACAUGUAUCUCUGGUGGGACACUAAUCAAAAAAGAAAUAUUUAUGUAGUGAUAUUGACAAUUAAGAAAUAUUUAGGAAAUAUUUAGAAAUAUAUUGACAAUUAAGAAAUUAUACAUACACACUCAAAAUAAGGUAGUAA